UCGACAACGACAUAGUCGUCAUCGGCUUGGUCGUUUAUAUACACUCGUUUUUGUUGGUUUGUUGGUGUAUUUUUUCGCUUGAGAGCUCAUUACCGUUUCGCUUCGCUAAGUGCGCUGUAUCGCUUGGGAGCCAGCAACGCGUUAUCCCAAGUCAAUCGGCCCGCCAAGGGAAGUCAAACCAAACCAAGUCAAAUAACCAAAAUCAAAAUUCACCAAGCUGUGAAAAAGUCCCGAACUUAUACUUUUUUCAAAAGUUUUUCUUUAUCGGUGUCUCUGCGCGCUUAUGCAAUAAAUAUCAUAUGCCUGGCUACAGGUGUUCGUCUGUGUAUGUGCCAAUGGUCAGACGUAUCUAAUUGCCUAAAAUCUCUAAAAUUUCACACUUAAAAAGUAGUGAAAAAGAAUUAAUAUUUAAAAGCUCCAACGCGCUAAUUAAUUAAACGUGCCGGCAUGGAAAUACUCAUAUGCGAAAAGUCCGCGACGAUCGGGUCAAACAAAUCGUAGGAAAACGAAUAUAUAAAUUGCGAUAUUUUAGUGUUUAAAAUAGCAAAAAAGUUCAAGGCUGAAACCUGAAACACAUAUACUACAUAUGACAUCGAGAUGCAAGCUCUGGCAGGGAAAAGGAAAAAUAAAGGUACAUAUAAACUAAACAUAAAAAACCCACCGCUGCAUAUAACAGAAACCAAAGUUUCAAUUAGAAAAUAAAUAAACGACUGCAGAAAAAUACUUAGCCAACGAAAUUUACGGAAAAUCACAAUUUGUUGUAAUUAUUGCGCGCCAAUUCAAAAUGCGACGGUGUUGUGCUAUGUAGCACGCUGCUAUGUCGAAGCCGUCAGCACCGCGCCGAUAUUUACAAUCCACUAAAUCUAAUUUGCAAAUAAUAAAAAUUACAACAAUAACAAUAACAAAAUCCGAAACUAAAACGAAUUUGGAAAUGUUUACGAAUCAAAUAUGCAAUUGAAACUCUGACGAAAUUAUCGUCACGUGAUUGUGAGUGAGUACGUUGUAUGUGAUAAUCAAAUAAUGAUAUAUGUCAAUUGCAAAAAAAAAAUUAAAAAUAUCUGUAUAGCUGUGUAUGUGUUUUAAAUAUGUGAAAUGAAUAUGCUGUUUGGGCAAACCAAAAACCCUGUGAAAACCAACUAAAUCGAUCUCAAAAUAUGCACAUAUUUUUGAGAGCAAAAUUUGUUGGUUAAAAAAUAUAUACAAAAUAUAUAUAUCUACAAAAUAAUAAAAAAUAAUUUAAAAAAUCUAACGAAUUCUGCAUUAAUACACGCUGCCGGAUUUUCAGUUCACAAUUCUGGAUCUCUUAACUCACGCUAUAUAUAAUUAAUAUUUUACAAAUCAAAAACAUAAACAAACAAAAAACUUUCGAUGAUGAUGCUAACUACAGAGCACCUCAUGCAUGGCCACGCGACGUCGGUCAGCCAGAGUGCGCUUUUCGGUUGCUCGACGGCUGGACACAGCGGCAUCAAUCAACUUGGUGGCGUGUAUGUCAAUGGCCGACCGCUGCCGGAUUCUACGCGCCAGAAAAUCGUCGAAUUAGCGCAUUCCGGUGCGCGUCCCUGUGAUAUAUCGCGCAUCCUGCAGGUGUCCAACGGAUGUGUUAGUAAAAUUCUGGGCAGAUAUUACGAAACGGGAUCCAUUAAGCCACGGGCGAUAGGUGGCUCAAAACCACGUGUCGCCACAACACCUGUCGUACAAAAAAUAGCUGAUUACAAGCGGGAAUGUCCGAGCAUUUUCGCAUGGGAGAUUCGAGAUCGAUUAUUGUCGGAGCAAGUUUGCAAUAGCGAUAAUAUACCAAGUGUUUCCUCGAUAAAUCGGGUUCUGCGGAAUUUAGCCUCACAGAAAGAACAACAAGCACAACAACAAAAUGAAUCCGUGUACGAGAAGUUACGCAUGUUCAAUGGACAAUCAGGCGGUUGGGCCUGGUAUCCCGGUAAUGCAACACCGGCUCAUCUAGCCCUGCCACCCACACCAACAGUAACGAAUUUAUCCGGCCAAAUAGUGCGUGAUGAUUUACAUAAACGUGUUAAAUUGCUCGAGGAGGGGGCCAGGCGCGACGGCGAUAAAACCGGUAUUCUAGAUUUGCAGCAUGCACUAGUGGCGCAAACGAAUAUCCAAAACAUUCCUGCUAGUAACCACAAGGGAAACAACAACGACAGAAGAGAUGAGUGGUGCAUUGAUAGCGGUGCAGCUGCACACCUGUACUGUGACCGGACAUUAUUUGUGACAUAUAAAGAGCGUAAAGAGAGAAUUGAAUUGGCGGGAAACAAGUAUAUAGAAGCGAACAGAAUUGGUGAAGUUAGCUUGCAAACUGAGAGCAGUAGAGUUAAACUACAUAACGUUUUGCAUGUACCCGACUUGAAGUGCAAUUUCGUGUCGGCGAAGGUGAUUACUAGUAGAGAUGUAAUUUUCAUGGAAAAUGUAUACCUUGGUCACGAACGCGAACAAAUCGAUAUCACAUCAUUUGGAAAUGAAGUUGUUAGCCCAGAUGUUAACGAGCAAAAUGCUGAGCGUGAAUCGGCGCUAAACGUUGCGGAGGAGUCCGGAGGCGAAGUUAAAGGUGAAGGUAAUGAUGAAGACAACGAUUGUGCAGCAACAGCAACGGCAAGUUGCCCAGAAGACGUCGCACAGCACAACAAUAAUAGCAGCACAGUCAGCACCCACACACAAAUACUCUCAGCGGUUUGUAAUAAAAAAAAGAGGAAUGCCAAAGCCCCAAGAAUUCAGCAAAUGCCGACUGUGCUGCCGCACCCAUUCGCUGCGCUAUUGCCGCGCCUUUCUGGCCAUGAUGCCGGACGAACGAUAUGAAUCCGCUAGAAUGCACCGCUACUGCAUAAAUUUCUUAGCUACCUCUCAUGCAACGGGCGCCUGUGAUUCCUCAGGCAGUUGUCAUCGCUGUGGAUUAGCCCAACACACGUUGCUGCACUGAUCCGCUUCCACACCGACCGAGCGUAUGCAGAAGGCGGAGCGGAAGUCCAAUUACAAGCGCAAGCCGAACCGUCGAAGGACCAAAACCUCGCGUGAGCCAGGAAAUGCUACGCAGUCAGUUCGUCAGAGUAGAUCCCGCUGCCCACUCUUUCGUUAA